AAGAAGCUAAUAUUAGAUACCAACCAAUUCAAAGAUAAUACUCCUAGAAUUCCGUUACGAACAUUUUAGUUUAAUGUUCUUUCGUGAAAUCUACUCGGCAUACUAGUUGUACAUACACUUCGAAUUAAUUAGCUGACAGACAUAGACACUCAUCGUACACAACUAUAACGUAGUGAUCAAAAUGGAGAAGAAGUAUAAAUAUCUGGAAAUCCCUACAAAAAAUCCUGAUGAGGAUGACAAAGAGACAGCUUCGUUUAAGUUGGCCACUUCGUUGCCACUAUCCCGAUCAUAUCCCGCUUCUCCGUCUCCUGCAGAAUCUCUGGAAAUGAUGGGCGGUCCUCCCCUUAGACGUAGGUUGGAAAGACGACGUAUGAGACUCAACAUGGAACUAAUAGAAGCAAUUGUUCACAACCAAUUGGACGAAGUAAAACGGUUACUUGAAAAUGGUGCCAAUGCCAAUUCUACAUGUAAACAAUCCAGAAUAUCGUGCUGUCAUAUUGCAAGUUUCCUCGGCUAUACGGAAAUCCUUGGCGUCCUCUUGGACAAUAAAGCACAGCUUGGAGCAAAGGAUGCAAUGGGACGAACUCCGCUUCAUCUCACAGCCUGGGAAGGUAAUCCUGACUGUCUAAAGCUUCUUCUAUCGCAUGCUCCGCACUUGGUCAAUGUCAAAACCGAGGAGAUUUUCGUCAAGGAGAAGAUUCCGAUAGAGUGGUUAGACUCUUGGGAACACGAUCAUCAAUCUGUUACCAACAUGCUUCCGAAGAUAGAAUAUGGAAGUACUCCUUUACAUGUGGCUUGCAAACGUACUGAACUAAUAUGCGUACAACAUCUUCUCGAUGCUGGUGCAGAUUUGGAAAUAACGGACAGUCGUGGUUUACGGCCCCUUGAUGUUGUGGGAGAAAAUCUGAUAGAGUAUCGUGAGGAAGGAGACGUGGAGUUCAGAUUUCCCGAAGUUAUCAAGGCCUUAAUAAAAGCUGGAGCGCAACACUAUCUCUCGAGUGAAUAUGAUCAUCAUGGAUAUCGAGUGACUCCUCUUCACACAGCCGUCGAAUUAGAAUCAGAAGAAGCAAUCUCGGUUUUACUUGAAGCAAACUUUCCGCGUGGAGUGUGGAAUGCCAAUGGAGAAACGCCAAUGCAUGUGUGCAUACUCAAAAAAAUAUCCACCCCCUUGAAAUUACUCCUAAAUAUUGUGAACAACGAAAUACCUCAAAAUUACCUGGACCCAGAGAAUUACAAGGGUAUGACUCCGUUGCAAACGGCUGUUCGAGAAAAUUGGGUACCUGGUGUAAGCAUUAUUUUGGAAGCUGGUGCGGACGUAACGCUCACGUCGAGGGACGGUUACACGGCUCUGCAUCUUGCGGCCGUUGAUGGAAAUGUGAAAAUAGUACAAGAAAUACUUAGCAUUCCAGAUGCGCAGGGGAUUAUCGAAGUGCAGAACCAGUUGGGAGAAACACCGUUAUUUUGUGCUAUCAGCAGCCGCAAUAGUGAAUGUGUUACAGAACUGCUCAAUUUUGGAUGUAAUCUAAAGUACAGAAUGCCAGGAAAUAUAACAGUGUUUCAUAGAGCCGCAGAGUAUGGGUUAAAUGAAAUUUUGACUAUAUUAUUGCAAAAGGAUAGUAAUAUUACGACGAGGUUGAUAAACGUGAAGGAUGAACUAAAGAUGUCCGGCAUGACGCCAAUGCAUAUGGCUGCUCAGGUGGGAAAUGCAGAAUGCGUGGAGACGCUAAUACAAUCAGGGGCAGAUGCAACUGCAAGAACGACAAACGAGCCACAUUACAAUUCAACUGCAUUGCAUCUUGCAGCCACACUGAAUCAUUUUGACGUGGUGGAAGUUCUUCUUAAACAUGAUGUGGAUCUAAUUAAUCUUCAGGAUCUUCACGAAUGGAUGCCGCUACAUGUAGCAUGCUACCAUUGCAGUAGAGAGUGCAUUAGGUUACUCGUUAAUGCAGGUUCUGAUCUUUCGGCUGUAGCUUUGGAUCAGGAACGGCGUCGACGUACAGCCAUUGAUUUUCUGGUUUACAAUGUUCCGAGGCCUGUGGAAUUUUUAGAGAGUAUUUUCGAUUCUGCCAUCAAUAUUAAUGAAUACACCAUCAAUGAGCAGAAUUGUUUAGUAACCGUCGAUUAUCAAGUACUUGCACCUCGUGGUCGGGGUAUGGAGCAAAUGCAUGUAAUAAAUUCGUUGAUGAAUACUGGAAAUCAAUUUGGGCAGAAGCGACUUUUAAUUCAUCCGCUGAUCGAGAGCUUCUUAUGUUUGAAAUGGCGAACACUCAGCCCUAUAUUUAUGGUGACUUUAGCUAUAUAUGCAGUUUUCGUUGUUGCUACGACUCAACUCAUCACAGGAAUUUAUUACUAUCAAGACAACGGCGAACAACCUCCGAUUGUCCUUGACGUAGAAAUCAACACAUACAUAAUGCUUGUCAGUUUAUUUCCCAUCGUCAUUCAGGAACUUCUCCACGCGAACCAGAGGUCAUGGGGUUACAUUCAAGAGCUGGAAUCUUGGGUAAAAUGGGGUUCGUUAAUCUUUUCUACGAUGGUGGUAUUUUUGGAUCAUGGACCUACAAGAGAAUUAACUCGCCACAUAGCUGCAGUUGCUGUUCUUCUCGUUUGGACAGAGCUUAUGUUUUUACUAUCACGCUUUCCAGAAUGGGGUUAUUACGUGCUUAUGUUCUCUAAAGUGGCCAUCAAUAUCAUCAAGGUGUUGCUGACAUUUGGUUUCCUGGUGAUUGGCUUCACGUUUAGCUUCCUUGUACAAUUUCGAAAUGAACCACCCUUUGGUUCUCCUUGGCAGAGUUUUGUAAAAACGAUGGUUAUGAUGACCUCAGAGUUUGAUUAUUCCGAUUUAUUCACGGAUCGGGAAGAUUAUAUUGUAACGUUGACUUUGGGUCGAUUGGUUUUCGUUGCAUUUCUCGUGCUUGCCGCCAUUGUUCUUAUGAAUCUUAUGAUUGGUUUGGCAGUUAAUGAUAUAAAUGAUCUUGAGAUCCGUGGAAAGACUGAGAGACUGUUCAAACAGGUGAACUUUCUUUGCAGUCUAGACUCACUGGUUUAUAACGAAUUCAUGUUGAAAUAUCUGCCAAUCCAUCUUAGACAAAGAAUGGAAAGAGGUCGUUUUGUUGAUACAAAAAUGUUCAUUUACCCUGGGAGACCAUUGAGAACUCUUUUUAAAAUGCUUCCUACCUCCAUUAAAGAGGAAAUAAUCCAAAAGGCAAUUGCUGGUAAAAGAAACGAAGAGCCUAAAUUGGCCGACGUUCUGUCACAAUUGAAUGAGAUAAGGAGCCUGAUAAACUCAAAAUUUAAAUCAUCUGGCAUCGCGAAGGAGACUUUUGUAAGCUCGGUGUCUUUGCACAAGGAGAAAUAUAACGCAAAUUCAGAAGAACAUGAGUAACGUUAUAGAGGAUAUCUCAAAUUUGAGAAAAGACUCAAAAAUUCUGUGGACAGAAUCGACUAAUGUAUUUGAGGAUGUGAGGAAGUUUUUUACUAUUUUUCAAACUCAACUGAAAUAGCUUAGAGAAGCAUUGGACGUCAUCAUGAAUCCCAUAAUUACGUAGCUUGAGCAAAUAGAAAUCAAAACCUUAAAUUUGCCAAGUUUUUCUCUUUCUAUUUUAUGAUAAUUUCUCCGGUAUUAUUUUAUGGGACGUUAUGUGGUAUGCCGCCAAUCAUAUAAUUGGAAUUGAUGCAGCGCUUUAUUCACUAAUGUAAGUUAUACGUGCACAUAUAACUUGUGUAAAUCUUCUAGGAUUGCACGGAUAUUGAUUAUCGUCAAGUAAUAACUUUAGCUUUAAUAAUUUCGUUUUAUUGAAGAUAAACAUACUGUCCAAUCAUUCUAUUUCAGAUAUAUAUAUUUGAAAAAUGAUAUAAGUAUAACUAUCUUGUUAUAAAAUAAUUAAGAUAGUCAUAUAGUUCUAGCUGCACUACAGAAUGCUUAUAUAGGCUCCAAAUGUGUAUUUCAUAAAAAUAAUAUGUAUAUAUUAGAAAAAAAAAUGCUUCACUUUUGUGAGUGAACUAUAUAUUUUAUUUAUAUGAUAUAAUUUGAGAAAAUUUCUCCUUUAAAAUUACUGUUUGCCCAUCGUGUGUUAGAAAUGAACAAUUUUCAAAACUCGUUAUUCCUCUUCUCUUCAGUAAAUUCGUUCAAAUUUGAUUUAACCCAAUCUUUACCCGUGAUAAGAAAUCUGGCUCAGCUCCGUUUAAAAACAUCAAGUGUUAUAAUUUGAAGAAAUACAUUUUUGCCAAAUUAGAAGAUACAUUGCUGCAGAAAAAAUUCCGGACAUGGGUUUAAAUUGGAAAAAAUUUAAGUAAAACGUCAGUCCAUGAAAUCCGUUUUUAAUUUUGAGUUAUCCAGGCCUUGCAUCUCUGUGCAAGCGAUCCUUGAGAGAAAUUAGUGUUUUUUAUGAGUUUCAUUAAUUCGCGUUUGGAUUUCCGAUGCAAUAAGCUUCUUGUUCAUUUUGGACAUUAUUAAUAAUAACUGGUCUUCCGCUUUGGAAAUGGCUCAAGACCUUCCACUGCGUGCUUUGUCCUUAUUAGAGCGUGUUAUCCGGACGAGAGUGAUAGCAUCUCCAACAGUGGACCGCGAUAUUUUCCGUUCUUCGGUGAUAUAACGUAGACGGGGAGGGGGAUAUACAGUUUUCUAUAGACAAAUCGUGAACACGAUUUAAUCGACCGCUGCCCAAGAAAGACUGGCGCAAAAUGGUUUGAAUACAGUUUAGGCCUUGUCUGGAAACUCUUCGACACUACAGUGUAUAUCCCACAUAAGGCAAAGAUCUUAUGGAUAUCCUUUGAACGUCUUCUGGAUGUAUUUUAGAAGCGUCCCGUGAACGUGCCACGGUCAUAGGACACUUUGUGGUAUGUAAUCAUUGAAGACGUUAUUUUUUAGAAAAAGAUUCUUUUGAGUUGGAUAUCGUGAUGGUCCAUAUUCGUUACGGGUGAAAAAUAUGAAAGUUAAUUUUUUUUACGAUUUAAUUGAAAGUAAAGGAAAGUAAUAAUUUUUUACAAUUUUUUAUUUCGGAUGUCAAUACUUCAUUUAUAUGUGUACACGUAGGAUAGAUGAGUAGCAUCGUGAAAAUGCAGUUUUUCUGUUAAAGGUAAUUUUUAAUUAAUUAUAUAGAAGAGCAAGAUGGAAUAAGCGCCGGGAGAUAAAAUUCCUAAAAAAUUUGAUGAUAACCAGCUAAAAUAAUAUUUUGCAGUAGUUUAAAUUAUUAUGUUUUCAAAAUUUCCAGUUUGGCUCACCUUACUCUGUAAUAAUGUAUUAAAACUUGUUAAAUUUCAAUUUACGAAAAAUGUCUCGCAUACAAUUGCCCAAAUAUAAUUGCAGGAAAAAACAGAUUACCGAAAACAAUUAUACGAAAUAAUAAUUUCGCGAAUACAAUUUUCCAAAAGUACAAUUUUUCGAAAGAGUUUUUCUUCGAAUAAACAGUUUCCCGAAAAGACAAUUUCUCUAAAAUACAAUUCCGCGAAAUGGCAAUUUACGAAAAAGGCAAUAUCUCCAAAAGACAUUUUUUCAGAAAAAAGUUUCUCAAGAAUACAAUUCCUCGAAUGAACUUGCCUACGAAACAAGCGUGUACCCCAUAUAAGCGUAUUACCCCAUCACAGCACUUGCGCUGUUAAGUGAGAUUAGCUCGCUCGAAGAUCAAUAAUAAUUAUAGCAGUGGAGUGGCUCAUGAAAAUACUUGCAGUGUUAAUCUAUUUUUUAACUGAAACACCAACACGAUCACUAAUAAUCACACAAUUUAAGUUCUAACCUAACCUAACCUGUCCACCAUUUACAAGCCCAUCACAGAAUUCGUCUCUAUGUCAUCGAUUUUUAUAAACUGAAACACAGUCACUAUCACAACUAUCAACCACUAUGUAUAAAAUGUAAUAAGUUCUUAAAAUUAUUUUUUA